CGCGGCGGCCGGCCCGGGGGGUGCCCAGCGGGCCGCGGCCGGCCAGCAGCGGCGGCGCAGCGGCGGCCGUCGUUCCGCCGGGAAAUCGGCGCUCCGCUCCGCGCCCGUCGGUGGCUCCAAGCCGGGGGACGCCGCUGCGACGGGAACAAAGGCGAACGAAGCUGCCGCGGCUAAAGUUAGAGGGGACGUUAGCAGAGGGCUUUUUCGCAGGACUCGGUUUCAGAGAAGUGUGUUGGAUCUCUCUUUACAGUGGAGAUUUGCCAGACUACCCAACAAUGCCAAGCUGGAGAUGGUGCCAGUCUCGUGCAACAAAGUGGGAAUUGGAAAUACGGUUCGGAUUGCAUUACAGUUAGAUGACGGCUCCCGUUUGCAAGAUACCUUUCUCUGUCAACAGACUUUGUGGGAACUUCUGAACCAUUUUGCAAAGACCAGGGAGUUUAUGGAACAACACAGUGAAUUCUGUCCAGUCUGUAUUUACAUGCGAGAUGAGAUCUCAGGAAAAGAUGAACUAGAGAAGACAACACUGAAGUCACUUGGUCUGACUGGAGGCAGUGCCAUCAUCAGGGUUGUCAUGAAGAAAUGCAGUUUGUCUGGUCGGGAGGAAGCUGCAGAUGCCAUGACACAGUGUAAUGAGCCAAUGGUGAGGCCAGGCUCUAUCAGAGGAGCAGAGAAUGUGCCCUUACCUCAAAUGCACACGUUCCCAAAGGACUUGUCCCACAAGGAUGUGGCCUUGUCUUUAAACUGUUGCACAGACAAUCAAGGCUUGAUUAGAGAACCUAAUGCCAGUGUGGAGGAGCUGUCUCCUCCCUCAGAGCCCAAGUCUACCCCAUUCGUCCCUUUUUUUGGAGGUGGACAACGUCUGGGGGACACUUCUGUGGCUACACCACCUCUUGGGUUAGAUAAGCCAUCUUCAAAACUGCCAGCAACUUUUUCUAGCCCUGGAGGCCCUUCUGAGCCAAAGAAGUCUAAGAACAGCCAUGAGCUGCAGAAUGAGCAAGAGCAGCUUUUGGAACGAGAGCCACUUGUAUGUCACUUAGACCUGCUAGAACCACUUCCUGCUGGCCUAGAAGACCUUCCUGAUGAUUUUUUUGAAGUCACAGUGGAUGAUGUACGGAAACGUUUGGCACAACUGCAGAGUGAGAGGAAACGCCUGGAAGAAGCUCCACUGCUGACCAGCUCUUUGAGGGAGGCUCAGAUGAAAGAAAAGAUAGAACGUUACCCAAAGGUAGUGUUGAGAGUCCAUUUCCCAGACCGUCACGUUCUACAAGGGUUCUUCCGACCUAGUGAAACUGUUGGCAUUUUGAGAGACUUUGUAAGAAGCCAUCUUGCAGAUGCAGAUUUGCCAUUUUAUUUGUUUAUUACACCUCCCAGAGUCAUCUUGAAUAAUGAAAGUUUGACGCUCUUUGAGGCUAGACUCUUUCCAGCUGCUGUCAUUCAUUUUGGAUCUGAGGAGCGCAGAGAUUGUUACCUGAAAUCGGAUCUGCUGAGCUCUGCAGUUUCCCCUUCUGCAGCUGAUUUAUUAGUGGCCAGAUGUUUGUCCAAGUCAUUAGUUCCUUCUGCCUCAUCAUCUUUAGAAUCAACGGUUCCAUCCCUACCUGAACCAGAAGCCCAAAGUGACAAAAAAACUGAUGAGCAACCAGAACCAGCAAGAGUGCAUGAAGCUCCACAAAUGUUGAAAAGGGCCCCUGGGAAAAUACCCAAAUGGCUGAAGCUACCAGGUAGCAUGAAAUCAGAGGAGAGUUCUUCUGCUGAACUCCACAGAAAGGCAGGCUCCUCCUCUAUGUCAAAUGCUUUGGAUGUUGACACUGUUCUUAAAGAUGUCAACAGAAGGCUUGCAGGAUAUAUACAUGGUUCAGUGCUUGUCAGUCACAAACCAAUUUGUGACCUAAACUUCAGCCUUCAGUGGAGAAGCACCUGAAUGCUGUUUCUAGGCCGUGUUGAGCCUGAGGUCUAAUUCAUUAUGCUUGCAGCAUCCUUAACUAUGUCCUGGAGGUAAUGUUCUGAGUUCUUAACUAUGCCAGUAUAGUUCAAAUACUAAUACUAAUAGGCAUGACAUUCUAUCUACAAACGGCCUGUGUAGUCUAUUAAACCUCCAUCAGUUCUUUGUCCUUUACUGGCAUAGUCUGUUUUAGUCCUUUCCUUUCUCUUAAUUUUUGAGCUGGUCUUUUUGUUGGUCUCUUUACUUCAGAGCAGUAGUGGUUUUCUAUAGUUGAGAUUGCACCCAAACUUCCAUUAUGUUUUUUUUUCCUCAUCAGAGAACUGCAGCCUUGGUUUUAGUCUCAGAACCAAUGCUUGUGUGGUUUUAUAUGAGAAUUUAUACAAAAUAUGAAGGAACUGAAAAAAGCAUUCCUGAAUUAAACAAUUGGCAAUAUUCAUUUUCCGAUGCAGUGGCAAAGAAUAAGAAGCUAAGUCAACCCCCCUAAAAAGCAAUAAAACUAGGAAGCAUUAUCUGAAAUUCCUGUUUUUAGUUUCCCGUUAGAAUUUUAGUACUUGAUUCUGUGGGGCCAGCAGCAUAGCAUAAGGUGUGAAGUGAUUACUGGAAGGCUGCAAACAGUGGGUCUGUGUGUGUUUCCCUGCUAUAGCUGAUCUGUCCUUGAUGGGACAAAGGGCAGUGAUUAAAUUAAAAGAGGGUAGAUUUAGAUCAGACAUUAGGAAGAAAUACUUCAUUAUGAGAACGGUGAGGCACUAGAACAGGUUACCCAGAAAAGUUGUGGAUGCCCCAUCCCUGGAAGUGUUUAAGGCCAGGUUGGAUGGGGCUUAGUGCAACCUGGUCUAGUGGAAGGUGUCCUUGCCCCUGGCAGGGGGUUGGAAUUUAGAUGCUAUUUAAGGUCCCUUCCAUCCCAAACUAUUCUAUGAGUCUAUGACUGGUAGUGGAUUACUGGUGCAGAUUAUGUGGAAAACGGUAUCUUUACUGUUUCCUGUUUCCAGUAUGCUUGAACCGUUUCACUUGAGUAGAACUUUCUUUUCCAAGUAAAGAUGAUCUGGAUAAAGCACAAAACAUCUUGUCUACCUAUGUAGGUUAUCCACAAACAGCUUGUAUGAAGGUUUAUUAACAUAUUCUAAUAUUUAUGUCAGUAACAUGUAAGAUGGAAUUCUGUUUCCUGGAAGUUAUGUUGUAUUCACCAUUCCAAUUGCUGAAGAACUACUUCUCCAUGCUACCCAACUGUUGUCUGAACACAGCAACAUACAGAAUGAGAUCAUGUUAUUGAGAAAUGACGCAGUGCGAACUAUGUGGUUAAGUGUUUUAAUGGUCUUAUGUUUGUGUUGUAGGUGGGAAGAGAUGAAGCAUUUUGGGGUGCAAUGAGCAUUCAGCUGUGCCUCUUUCCUGAUGAACUACUUGAGAAUUUGUAAGAAAUUGUUGGUGGCCCAGGAGAGGCCUAAUCUGUAUGAACAUAAGUUAUAAACAGAAAAUUGCUAUUUCAGCUGCCAGUUUCAUCUUUUGGAGGAGUGGAAGGCCUGUUUAUGGGCUUUGUGACUACAGAAGCAAGGUUAGAGGUUAAAUUUAAGAUUUCCUGCAUGCAAAUAAUAUGAAUAGAGAAUUGAGGGGGAUAUGAUUCCUAGAUAAUCUUUCUGAAGGACUUUGCUUCCAUCCAUGUUUUUAAAUUCGAAUCUCCCUAGUUCAACCUUCAAAGAUAAGUGGAGUCUGGCUUCCUGAACUCUAGCAGCAAGGUACAAUUAAUUCAGUUUUAUCUAUAGCUUAGUGCUGCCUAGAACAAGACUUCUCUCUGCUUUUUGCUGGCUAGGGUUAGUGCUGCUGGUAAUUCUGGGCAUAGUUGGCUGGGAAGUCAGUUCAGAGGAAGCACUUAUAUCACGACAGCUCAAAUAGGCUUUUCCUGUGAACCGCUUGGUUUGCUGCAUUUGUAUUUUUUUUAUUUGCCAGAAUCUUUUUAACGAAGAACACAGGUAUCUGUUAAUACAAAGCAUGCAGAGUUUUUCUGCCACAAGCUCUGUGCUUUAUUUUCACUAUACCUAAUUAACAUCAGUAAUUAUGGGUAUAAUCAGAAAAAAAAUAAGUCCCGUAAAAGCAUCUCUUCAUGUGAUCUUCGAUCUACAGAUUUCUUCUUUGGUCUGAGUACUUCCACAGCAAAGUAGCUGUUCUCUGCAAUGCAGUUAGUGUGUGUACAGAGGGGAGUGCUAGUCCUGAUCUUUGCCUCCUGCAGAUGUUGUAAUGGAAUGGGUAUUACUGUUUAGAACUGUGCUUAUAUUGGAUAUGAACUGUAUAGUGCCACUGUAGCCAUGGUGCUGUAUUUUAUUUGAAGUUUUCUUCAUGGAUUGGUGAUUCAUAUUGGACAAGCUGGGGUUCCUUGUUACAGUAAUAACAUAUUUUCCAUUUUCCCUGUAUAGACAAUUGUUCCCUAAACUAUGUGUGCAUCUGCACGAUUCGUAGAUGUAAUAAAGCGCAGUGUCCAGAGGA